CUCUCAAAUCCUUUUCGUUGUGUGUACACAGUCGGUGAUGAUGGAUACGUUCUUCCUCUCUCACGGAUCGCCAACGCUUUCGAUCGAUGAAUCGUUACCAGCGAGACAUUUCUUGCAGUCAUGGGAGGAGAAGGUGUUUCCAGAGAAACCCAUAGCGAUUCUAAUCAUAUCAGGACAUUGGGAAACUGCAGAACCCUCCGUCAAUGUCAUCUCUGGUAAACACGACACCAUCUACGAUUUUUAUGGAUUCCCUGAACCCAUGUACAAGCUGAAGUACCCUGCACCGGGAGCACCAGAAUUGGCAAAGAGAGUGAAGGAGUUGCUGAUAGGUUCUGGCUUCAAAAGUGUACAAGAAGAUAAAGCUCGUGGACUAGAUCAUGGUGCUUGGGUGCCUCUCAUGCUCAUGUAUCCAAAGGCUGAUAUUCCUGUGUGUCAGCUCUCUGUUCAGACAGAAAAGGAUGGAACUUAUCACUACAACAUGGGAAAGGCAUUGGCCCCUUUGAGGGAAGAAGGGGUUCUAAUAAUUGGGUCAGGAAGUGCUACACACAACUUGAGAGCCCUUCGAUUCAAUGACGAUUCCAUUACCCCCUGGGCAUUGGAAUUUGAUACAUGGCUCAAAGAAAGUCUCCUAAAUGGAAGGCAUGAAGAUGUAAAUCACUAUGAGAAGAAGGCACCCCAUGCAAAAAUGGCUCAUCCAUGGCCGGACCACUUUUACCCUCUUCAUGUCGCUUUGGGAGCUGCAGGCGAAAAAGCCAGAGCAGAACUUAUCCAUGAAAGCUGGCAACUUGGUACACUUUCUUAUUCUUCUUACCGUUUUACAGCUCAAUAAUGUACAUUGGGUUGUGUGAAAUGCCAUUAGCGUUUAAGUGGUUGAUGGCUGUGAUUGUAAAAUAAAUUGCUACUGUUGUAUGACCUGGGGUAGUCCCUAAAUGAUAAUGAUAAUAUUGUGAAGUAAUUAUCUGUUA